AAAUAAUAAAUAUGGUUGACAGAAUUUUUUACCUGUGAAAAAUGUCAUUCUUUGUGAAAACUUCAAAAUUUAUGACAAUGCAUGACGGACCAGGCGGAUAAACAAUUUGAUAUGAACUACAGUAAACGUAUAGCGCUAUCCCGGUCCUCCGUUGUUACGGACAGUGACAGUGCUAUAGGUGAAGACUAUGAUGAUGAUGGAAGAAGUCACAAACGAGCUGGGGGUGGGAAGGAUAAGAUUAACCGAAACCUUAGUGAGAAGAAACGUCGAGAUCAGUUCAAUAUGUUGGUUAAUGAGCUCUGCACAAUGGUGUCUACAACAAACAAGAAGAUGGACAAAUCUACUGUACUUAAAUCUACAAUUGCCUUUCUUAAGGACCAUCAGGAGACAACAAAUCAGUCACAUGUCCAUGAAAUAAAGGAAGAUUGGAAACCAUCUUUUCUGACCAAUGAUGAAUUCAUGCAUUUAAUGCUCGAGGCAUGUGACAGCUUCCUGUUGGUGUUCACACAACAAGGAGUUAUCCUGUAUACAUCAGAGAGUAUCACCUCACUUCUGGGUCAUCUACCAUCGGACAUGGUAAAUAAAUCAAUUUAUGAUUUUGUUGGAAAGACAGAGUCGGCAAAUCUGCAUAAUAUCCUCUACAACUACAGGGUUGCUUCAGGAAAUGGUAUUCCCGAAUAUGAAAAAGAAGAGAAUCAGUUGUGUUUUGAGUGUAAUUUCUGCCGAGGUUCAAUAGAACCCAGAGAUCCACCACGGUAUGAACCUGUAAUUGUGAGAGGAAGUUCACGACACACCAAUUCCUUCGUAGGAGAUGAGGAUAUGUUACAGCCUAUUCAAAGUUCCAAUAAAGAGGUUUAUUUCUUGUGUACUGUGCGACUGAAGACGUCACAGCUGGUACGAGAGAUGUCCAUAGUAGACGACAACAAAGAAUUUACGUCAAGACAUAGUCUUGAGUGGAAGUUCUUAUUUCUUGACCACAGGGCCCCUCCAAUUAUUGGUUACCUGCCAUUUGAAGUUCUGGGAACGUCGGGUUACGACUACUACCAUCCAGACGAUCUUGAUGGAGUUACAGUCUCACAUGAACAGUUGAUGAAGACAGGAGAGGGGACAUCUUGCUACUACAGGUUCUUGACCAAGGGUCAGCAGUGGAUCUGGCUGAAGACACGUUUCUAUAUCACUUACCAUCAGUGGAAUUCUAAACCAGAGUUCAUCAACUGCACCAAUACUGUUGUCAGUUAUGCAGAUGUACGAGGUCAGAAGAGAAAAGACCUUGGAAUUGCAGAGGAAGACACAUCAAAUGUUGAAAUUGCGCCGGCACAGUCUAUAUUAAGUCAGUCUCCAGGAUCAGUAACAUCAGCUGGAAGAUCAGGUUCAAUAUGUUCUGUGUCAGAGAAGGAAGGCAGCGACAAUUUCCAGCCAACAUCAACAUCGCAGGUUCGGUCUCGGACAGUGUCGCAACAGUUACAGCAGUUCCUACACCGCCACCUUCAGCAGCAACAGCAGCAGCAACAGCAGCUGCAACAGUCACAGACCAGUAUGACUACUUGUACAGUACAGUCACAAGCCACACACCCGACAUCAUCCACUACGUCUUAUUCCACACUCCCUCUACAGCAACUGUUAUAUGGCCGCCCCCAGCGUCAUGAGAAAACAGACACCCAACACAUGAGAAUCUUGCCAUGUCCAUCCACGUCAAAUAUUUCUGACCAACAAACAAGAUUACAGGUACCCUCUAACACUGCCACAGACACUAAUUCCAUGGUGACGGUGACAUCUAAUCCUUCCAUGAUAAGCAUUUCUCCUAUAAAUACGGGUAUGUCAGCGCCUACAAAUAUCUACAUGACCCCCGUGCAGAGACAGUUACACGAGCAGUUACAGAGGAAGGCGGGGCAGGUUCAGGAUGCUAUUUUAAGACAACAAGAAGAACUGCGAAAAAUUCACCAACAACUUCUAUUUGCUCAAGGGAAUAUCCCAGUGCUCAAUUCUAAUUCAGACAACAUGGCUGGAUUAAUGGGUGGAGAACAUUCGAGGGUGGAACAGUCAGCACCAACAUUACCAGCAAUACAGCAUCAACAGCAACAACAGUCACUGGUUCCUCAGUCCCAGCAGGCAGAACAACAUUCCCCAGGUGUUCCCAUGGUAGGAAUGCCUAACAUGAUGGUGAAUCAGUCACAAGUUCUGCCAUUCCCUAUGCUUCCACAAGAUGCAGAAAUUUAUCUAUCUCUUACAGACACUGCAGAGUCACCACAGUCUAAAUAUAGUCAGCAAUAAAUUGUACGGUUCCCUAGAAAAGAAAAAUACAACUCUAAAAAUGUUACUGACAACUUUAGUACCUGUUCAGUUAGCUGAUAGAAAAGAAGUGUACCAACCUAAACAUUGGUACUUAAGUACUGAGUGGAGGCUAUAGCUGUGCUGAGGUACUAUAAAAGGUGAUGAUUUAACCCAGGUUGUAUUCAGUGGACGUUGUGGGUGUGUAGAAGGACCCCUUACAAGAAAUGUCUCAGUUCUAUUUAUAGUGCAUAUCUAUAUCACUAAAAAUCAUUGGUGCUGUAAAUAUAAUAAAUAAUGUUGAUGAUUUCAAUUAUUGUGGCAGGUAAUACUGCAUGCAUAAACUCUGUGGCUCGUGCAUCAAAACAUUGUAAAUUUGGUUUCCGGAGGAUAAUCUUUUAAAGGUGUUUCAUGGAGUUAAUUAAUCAUACGUAAAGUGAAUGUCAAGGUUUUAUAGAAACUUCAGAAAGGUGUAUUUGCACAAUUCUCUUACAUGAAGCAAGGCUUUGUGUGGAUGAGCAUAUUUUAAAAGUUCAGAGAUUUCUGCCGAUAGUUGAGUUCAGAAAAAGUUUUUGUGAAAAUGCAGUUGUUAAUAUUUUAAAUACAUCUAUAUGAGACAGGGAUAGGGUCAUUGAAGUUGAAGAAAUAGAAGAUUUUCUAGGAACUUGAGCUGCUGUGAGAGACAUGUGCAAUAAACACACAAUACUAACGUGCUCAGGUGAAACUGUACUGAAUUGGUGCCGAGUUAUAUAUUUCAUUUGUGUGACUGUAAAAGUUCUGUCUACUUGUUAAAGGUCGUGUACGGGUUUACUCCUUGUAGAAUCUAAAAGCUGUUGAUAUUUUGCCUUUAAAUGAUAAUUAUUUUCAAGAUUUUAAGGAUUCUGGGGCAAAUAUGUGAACUUUUGCAGGCCUGUGAUUUUUCAGGACUGGUCCCGAUUUCAGAAUUGACUGCCAGAAUUUCUCCGUAUAACACAAUGGAAAGAGGAGAUUUCAAGCUUGAAGUGUGAGCUUGUUGAUUUUCAGGCUUUUGAUUUUUGACUGAAUCCCAUGCCUGCUUUUGUAAUGUUUGUUAUUUGAGUUUUGUAGUACAUGUAACUCUAUCAUAUUAUACCCCCAGGUACAAAGUAUAUUGUAGCUGUAUUGGAGUCAGGCAUGUCAGCUCAUCCAUCAUUCCUCCCAUUAUUUGUGUCUGCUUCAUAUCUUCAAAACCCUAGGCAAGAUUUUCAACUAGCAUCAGUUAUUUACAUAAUCAAAACAUUGUGCAGAGUGCACAGUCCAGGUCAUUACGUCAAAGGUUAAGGUCACUAAGGUCAAAGAGAUUAACUUUUUGUCUGCGCCAUAUCAUCAAAACUGCUACGAAGAGUCUCAGUUUUUGAACGUCGUCAAGACGAUAUGCAGAGCAGAUAACCUGGGUCGCUAAAUUCAGUAUGAAGGUCACACUUAAGAGGUCACAGUACAAAUAACUCUAAUUUAUCUCUGCUCCGUAUCUUCUAAACCCCUGGAAUUAUUUCAUAAAAUAUCAGUUGUAAACUUCAAUCAUGCAGAUGACAUGCUAAGUUCACAACCCUGUGCCUCUAGGUCCAAGGUCAAGGUCACCCUUGAAGGUUAAAGGUCAUGAUUGAAACAUUCUAAUUUUCCUGCAUCAAAGUGGCUUCUGAAGGUUACCAGUCACCUUUAGUCAUAGCUAAAGUUAUAUGUGCCUUUGGUUGUUAAUGUGAAAAUUGUCUUAAAAUGCCUUUUUAAAAAAAUGGAAAAACCAAAAAAGUAUAUAUAUAGUACAGUCAUUUGCUCAUGAUUACAAUUUACAGUGUUUCUCAUGUGUACACAAUUCCUUUUACCGAACAUCUUUCAUGUAAUGUUAGUAAUAUCUGGUAGCUGGAAAAAUUAUCCUGGAAAGUUAAUCUCAUUUAGUAUUAUUUAUUUGCUGUGUGGCUGAAUGGUUAUCUUUGUUGCCAAAUAUUGUUACAGGGUUAUUCAGAUUGGUAAGUGUAUUAAUGAAUAUUUUCACUGCUUCUGUACUGUAAAAGCACAUAUUUUCGCUGGGUCAAAAUUUCACGAAUUUGAAAUUUUUAGUAUGUUCGUGAAAUUGUAAAAAUGGUAUCAUACUUGAAUUUGAAUUUAAUAUACUAAUAGUGAAUAUUUACAUGAGGAUUAAUUGUCAUGAGAUGUAGGGCCUCACGUAUAUAGCGAAAAUUAAACCCUAGCGAAAAUGGGCUUUUACAGUAUUUGCAACCAGAAACUUACAUCAUAAAUACAUUCCCAAUCUUUAAUGAACUCACAUGGCUAUGACAUCAAAUAAAGGUGAAAAAUUACAGAUGUUACAAUACCCAAGCGGCUACAACAAGUUACCUAAUGCCACAUUGUCAUAAGAGAUACAUGCAUUUUACCGCAUGUUGCCCAUGGAAAUUGUGCAGUGUUAGAAUAUUAGCUACACCAACAGCACGUGUUAGUUGGCACUUGUUUGUUACAGAGAUCUAUAACAUCAGAAAGUAUGUUUACAUAUUGGAGAGGGAUUUCAUCCAUUGCUUUGACUGUACUCUUUUUCCACAGCCUUCUGUAUAGAACUUCUCUGAUUUUUUAUUUGAGCCGUGCCAUGGGAAAACCAACAUAGUGGGUGUGCGACCAGCAUGGAUCCAGACCAGCCUGCGCAUCCGCGCAGUCUGGUCAGGAUCCAUGCUGUUCGCUAACAGUUUCUCCAAUUCCAAUAGGCUUUAAAAGCGAACAGCAUGGAGCCUGACCAGACUGCGCGGAUGCGCAGGCUGGUCUGGAUCCAUGCUGGUCGCACACCCACUAUGUUGGUUUUCCCAUGGCACGGCUCAUUUGUCUUGGAAAAUAAUCUAUUCUAAAUUUGUAUGGAAUCUAUGUUUAAGUUAUUGGCAACUACCUUUUCUAUUGGUGUGAAGAAUAAAGAAUUAGACUCUAUUCAUUUAUUGAAAUACAUGUUUUACAUAUUUGUUGUAAUAGACUGUUGAAAUCAAAAGUAUAUUUAUUUUGUAUAGUGUCUGUUACACUCCAAGUUUUUAUGGUAAGUGUACUUGGUAUAUGACAAUUGAUUCUGUAGAUAAAAAAAUUAUUUUUCCUGCCUUAUACUAUGCUGUUUUUUGUUAAAGGUAAAAGAAAUACUUAUUGUACAAGAAAUCGUGUUAAAUAUUGUACAUACAGAUUGUCAAAACUGUUAAUGUUUGUGUCUGUGUUUGUCAAAAGUGUUAAUUAUUUGAAACCUCGAUUGUCAAAACAGUUUUUUGACUUUACUGUUUUUCAGUAUUUAGUAGCUUUACUUUGUAUACUGUCUUGUUAUUUUUAGCUCGACUGUUCAAAGAAUAAGGGAGCUAUCCUACUCGCCCCGGUGUUGGCGUUAGCGUGAGCGUCAUACAAAUGUUAAAGUUUGCGUACCACCCCAAAUAUUUUCAAAGUCCAUUGAGAUAUUGCUUUCAAAUUUUGCAUACUUGUUUACCAUCAUGACCCCAGUCUGUAAAAAGGAGGAGGCAAAUCUGUCAAGCAUUUUGACUGAAUUAUGGUCCCUUUUCCACUUAGAAUAUGCUUAUUGUAAUGUUAAAAGUUUUACUCAUUGCUUAUAUUAUACUAUCAAGCACUGAGAAUAGUCGAGCGUGCUGUCCACUGACAGCUCUUGUUAUUUAUAGAAUCUUUGUUUCAAGGCUUUGUAUACAAUCAAUGGUAUCUAGUCAGAAUUCUGUGGUUUACUUUAGGAUCUUAUAUUUUCGUGGACGUGAAAGUUCUUGGUUAUAUCAGCUGUAUUUUUGGGAUUUGAAUUUUCAAAUUUUUUGAAGACGCAGUGUAGAAUUUAACAUCUUUGUUGAUAUUACAUUUUGAGAUUUGAUGCACCCACGAAAUCCACAUAAUAAAGUCCCCAGUGAAUAUUGAUGAUUUUACAGUAACAGACUUUGAUAUUAACCCUUACCCUGCUAAAUUUCAUUAAUGAAAUUGUCCAUCUAUCAAUUUGGACAGUUCCAUUAACUGUUAAAAGGGGUGCAUACCAAAAAGAUGCUGACUGAAUGGUGAACAGUGCAGAUCAUGAUCAGAUUGCAUGGACACAAAGCCAGAAUCAGUUGUGUCCAGUAUGAUAAGGGUUAAAUGCCAUCGUAAACUUUAUAUUGAAAAAGAAGCCUGUUAAAUGUUUGGAAAGUUCCAAAUAAGUCAGUUACGGUCAUCUCAGUGUGAAAAUAUUGUAGUGUUCUCCUUUUUAGCUCAUCUGAGCCAAAGGCUCAGGGUGAGAUUUUUUGACUGCUCGAUGUCCAUCGUGCGUCGUGUGUCAACAAUUUCUAAAAAAAUCUUCAUCUUCAAAACCACUGGGCAGAUUUACACCUUCUCAGGAAUGAUUCUUGGUUGGCCUCUUUUCAAUAUUGCUCAAAGAAUUGAAAUCCAUGCAGAACUGGUUGCCAUGGCAACCGAAAGGAAAAUCUUUAAAAAUCUUCUUGUCCAAAAUCGCAAGGCAUAGAGCCUUGAUAUGUGGCAUGUGACAUCAUCGAAUGGUCCUCUAUGAAGAUUGUUCAAAUUGUGCCCCAAAGGUGAAAAGAGGCCUCGCCCUGAGGGUCCCAAGUUUUACAUAGACUUACAUAGGAAAAAACUUUAAAAAUCUUCUUGUCUGAAACCACAAGACCUAGGCCUUUGAUAUUUGGUAUGUUGCAUUGCCUAGUGGUCCUCUACCAAGAUUGUUCAAAUUAUGCUCCAGAGUUGAAAAGAGGCCCCAUCCAGGGGGUCCCAAGUUUUACAUAGACUAAUUUAGGAAAAAAAACUUUAAAAAUCUUCUUGCCUGAAACUGCAAGGCAUAGGCUUUUAAUAUUUGGUAAUAUACAUUGCAUUGCGUAGCAUUCCUCUACCAUAAUUGUUCAAAUUAUGCCCCUGAAGUGAAAAGAGGCCCUGUCCAUAGACUUAAUAAAUAAUAUAUAGGACUUUUUUUUAAAUUUUCUUGUCUGAAAGUUCAAGGCCUUUGAUAUUUGGUAUGUAGCAUUGCCUAGUUGAUCUCUAACAAGAAUCUCUAACAAGAAUGUUCAAAUUAUGCCCCUGAGAUGAAAACACUUGUUAUAUGAGUUAUGUAGGAAAAAAUACUUCAAAAAUUAUCAGAUCAUAUUUCCUAGACUAUUUAAUUAUAAUUACCUGAUGACCCCAAGUGAUUAGGGGUCACCUGACUGACUGUGACCUACAGACCUACUUUUUUUGUUUUUUUAAGAUAGAGCCUUGAAAUUUGGAUGACAUGUACAGUUUUGCACACCGAUCUUAAAACUGACUUUCAGUGACCAUGAGUGUGACCUACUGACCUACUUUCUUUUAUUUUAGCCUCCGUUUAACAUUUGAAACAUGUAGCUCAUAUUACUCAGGUGAGCGAUCCAGGGUCAUCAUGACCCUCUUGUUAGAUUGACUUACUUAUUGUCAGGGUUAGUAAAAAAAAAAAGUAGAAGAAAACAGAAUUAGGUAUGUCAGGAGAUUUACAAUAAUGAUAAAUGUCUUAAAAAAAAAAGCUGUCUUUCAGUCAAAUUAAUUGUUUUCUCUAAUGACUUUCAUCGAGUAAAUUAUUCUUUCGUAAGAAGGCCUAUAAAUCAAGUUAUGUAAUCAGUGGUUUGAGGAGUGUUUAAUUGUAAUUUGCACCUUUGAAAUUGGUAGUCAGUGCAUUUUAGAUUUAUUUUCAGGGAGUUGUAGUCAUAUUAGAACUUUAGUUACCCAUUGUAAUUGCUCAAAAGGCACUUCUGUCAUAGAACUGUCAGAAAUACAUAUCACUUGAAAUAUACUACUUGUGAUAGUCAUUUGUUUCAGGGCUUGAAUUCGUCAACAUUACAAGCUUGGAGAAUACUUAAGAAUACCAAAGAUUCAAGUUGCCAAAACUUUUUUUUAAAUGCAAUAAUUUUGUAUUAUUGAAAAUUUUCUCAGUGUCUGUAGAUGGAGAAGGCACACAGUUUUCAGUGUAACAGAUGUGAAAUGAUUCAGAAUGUCUAUAUAAUUUUCAGUACUGUGUAUAAGUUCAGCUAAAGUUUGCAUAUUUUCGACAAAAGACAGAUCUGCAUUCAUUCUGAAUUUAUAGCAUCAAGCAGUAAUAUUUAAGAAUUAAAUAAAUUAUGAUAUUAUCCAAGAAUUGCUAGAGUGAUUCACAGACAUGCAAGAAGUCCCAUUGUGGUUUAUACCUGUCUAAAUGUACAAAAAGUAGCAUUCAGUCUUGUAUUUAGGCAAUAGAAAAUUAGUUUUUAGAUUCUCAUCCCCGCCCGCCCCUAUCUGAAACCCCCCGCCUCGAAAUUUUUUAUUGAUCAGGUCGGCGUGACGUCACUUCCUAGCAACCGAUAAAUCCGAGAUACAGCAAGGUGAAAGUAUCGCGUAGCAACCCGUAGUGAUUAAACUAGCGGUAGGGGUCGUGAUGUUGUUUUCCAGUAAAGUAGAUCAUAAUACUUUUUUUAUUUCAUAUUUUUUAUUAUCCCCUGUCCAUUUACAAUAUAUUCCUGAAAGAUUUUUCUAGUUUUACUGGAAAUUAUUGAUUUAUUAGCAUGUCAACCGGUCUGGUAGAAGUGACAUCUGUUGUGUAUUGUCAGUUUUUCGUCCAUUCGGCGGUGUUGUUUUUCAAUAAAAUUGAUCACAA